UUCGUUCAAAAAUUGCAAACUAUGACACUCAACAAGUUAAAAAUCGAUGAUGCUAAUUAACUCUUAUUUAUUUGCGACAAUUUACCUUUCAGGAAACGAAUUAUUAUUCAUAUUUACAGUAUAGUUUAUUUUCCUUUUAUUGCCAUAAAGUUGGAAAUGGAUGGAAAUCUAAAACUUUCUAUGUCAUACAAAUUAAUCAAUGGUCGCUAUUCACCGCUGUCAUUUUUUUAUCAAUACAGACGUCUAUUUUUAUUUUGUAAUUGUGGAAGUGGACAGCUAUAAUAGAUAACGAUUUGUAUUCUUGUUCAAUUAUUAUCAGUUUUUCAAGCAUACGUGAAUUUUAUAGCAAAAAUUUAUGGAAGUGCAGAUUUUCAGUGAUGAACUAUGCUAUUUACAAUAGUUAUUUGCGAUUUCAGCAGUGAUUUGAAACAUCAACAAUUAGUGUAAGAAAUCGCAUCAUGCUGCCGGUGCGCCUGCGACGCGUCGUGGGCCACGAGGGCCGGUCCAACGACGCCCUGUUCCAGCCGGCAGCCCGCGCUCCGCCCCUCUCACAGCAUACCCUGGUGUUCUUCGGAGGAGAUGUACAGGACUACCCAGAGCUGAUGCAAGCUCACCGUGACAACAGGAACUACAUAAAGUGGAACCUAGAGAACACAGUGCGCAUGCUGGGACACAACUUCCCCACCAAGCACAUAUUGGCUGUCAGGCCUUCCAGUAGGUACGUCGGUGGUUCCAGGAUAGAGUACAAGAGCUUCAGCUGCUAUGAUAACUUUGUGCCCAGUAACAACGCUGGAGUGCCCGAACACACUCCCACGCAUAGCGCCCUACAUCAUCUGGAGAGGCUUCUCCAAGGAGUCAGCAGCAGGAUAAAGAGUUUCUCCACAUCUGAGCUGGUGGAGGCAUUCUCGCCCGUGUCUCUACCUGAGGAUAUCGACAUAGAAGAUCUACAUAACUCAGCGAUCCACGCCGCGGCUGCAGCGGAGUCGAACAAGUCGAACGGUACGAAGCCGCAGCCAGGCAGCUCGCAGUCUGCGGACAAUGUCCUCGCUGAACACAAGCCUGAGUCAGAUCCUUUAUGGUGGCGGGAGAACUUCGCCCUCGACGAGACGCAACUGACGCUGGUCGGGUUCAGUAAGGGAUGCGUCGUACUCAACCAGCUCAUAUACGAGUUCCACUACACCAAGACCCUGACUCCUGGAGACGCGCAUAUGAUGAGGUUCAUGGAGCGUAUAGUGGACAUGUACUGGUUGGACGGCGGCCACGCGGGCGGGAAGAACACCUGGAUCACGUCGCGCAGUCUGCUGGAGACGCUCACUAGACUCGACGUCAACGUCUUUAUCCACGUCAGUCCUUACCAAGUACAAGAUGAGGCCAGACCCUGGAUCGGCAGAGAGGAGAAAGCAUUCACCAGCUUGCUGAAGAAACUUGGUGCAAAGGUGAACAGAUACUUCCACGAGCAGCCCGGUAUGACCCACUCCCUCCACAUGCACUUCGAGGUGCUCGCCAACUUCAAGAAGAUGCAGGACUCCAUCCCAGCCAGCAUGCCUGAUACUUCCGAUGAAGACGCUUAGACUCAUCAAUGCCAUAAAAACCUUACUGGUACCAGCGGUAAAUAAUAUAUAAAUGUGUUUAGUUUGAAGAAACAUUGUUACAUAUUUAAAAUGCUUGUUUAUAUGUUCGAAAUGAACUCAAAAACUACUGAACAAAUUUUUAUGGAGUUUUCAUCUGUGGAAAGGAUGGUUCUCGAGGAAAUUUUAUUUGUAAAUUAUGAACCAGUACUACCUUCAAUCUUUAGGAAAAUAGCGUCCUUAUCUUAUACUUCUUAUACUAUUAUAUAAAGCGGAAGAGUUUGUUUUAUUGUUUGUUUGUUUGUUUGAACGCGCUAA